GGGGAUUGUUUACGUCCAGGCCGGAGCGGAAAGUGGGUCACGGCCGGCGGAGCGCGGCGGCGGCAGGUCCUCUUCACCAUGGCCAGACGGCCCCGGAGCGGCCGAGCCUGGCGUCUGGUCCUGAGCGCAGCCCGCCGCGAGGCCGACGCGCGCGCCGUGGCUCUGACAGGCACCACCAACUGGGGCUAUGACUCUGAUGGCCAGCACAGUGACUCGGAUUCCGACCCUGAGUGCUCGUCCCUGCCAGCGUCCAUCCCCAGCGCCGUGCCGGUGACAGGAGAGUCCUUCUGUGACUGCCAGGGCCAGCGCGAGGCCUCCCUGUGCGGCAGCCUGCGCCCGGCCCACCGCAGCAAGGACUGCCGCUGCGGGGAGGAAGACGAGUAUUUCGACUGGGUCUGGGAUGACGCGAGCAGGUCCUCAGCCACCUUGCUGAGCUGUGACAAGCGCAAGGUGAGCUUCCACAUGGAGUACAGCUGCGGGACCGCCGCCAUCCGAGGUGCCAAGGAGCUGGGCGAAGGCCAGCACUUCUGGGAGAUCAAGAUGACCUCGCCCGUCUACGGUACUGACAUGAUGGUGGGCAUCGGGACAUCAGACGUGGACCUGGACAAAUACCACCACACUUUCUGCAGCCUGCUGGGCAGGGAUGAGGACAGCUGGGGCCUCUCUUACACUGGGCUGCUCCACCACAAGGGCGGCAAGACCAGCUUCUCCUCGCGCUUCGGCCAGGGCUCCAUUAUCGGCGUGCACCUGGACACCUGGCACGGGACGCUGACCUUCUUCAAGAACAGGAAGUGCAUAGGCGUGGCGGCCACCCAGCUGCAGAACAAGCGCUUCUACCCGAUGGUGUGCUCCACGGCGGCCAAGAGCAGCAUGAAGGUGAUCCGCUCCUGCGCCAGCACCACCUCCCUGCAGUACCUGUGCUGCUACCGCCUGCGACAGCUGCGGCCAGACUCGGGCGACACCCUGGAGGGCCUGCCCCUGCCCCCCGGCCUCAAGCAGGUGCUGCACAACAAGCUGGGCUGGGUCUUGAGCAUGAGUUGCAGCCACCGCCAGCCCCCCACGCCCUCGCCCCCCGCCGACACGCCGAGCCCCUGUCCCGACACCAGGCCCUGCCAGAGGAAGCGCUGCCGACGGACCUGACUGGCCCAGACCCGGCCCGGCGCACGCUGCCUUCUCGGGCUUGGACUGCCCUUCUUCCCUCCAGGCUCUGCCAGGGCAGCAGGAGGUGGGAGAGCGGAGCUGAGGGCUCCCUGGGCUUAUCCCCUCUUAAGCUGAAACCAGGACAGUUCUUUCUCCAGGACCUCCAGAGGCACAAUGCCAGUGUCCCCGGCCAGCCUCCUGCCUUGUGGCGGGGAGCAGCACCUGUCCUCUGCCCGGGCUGCUGCUGGACCCCGCCUGUGAGCAGGGAGGUGGGCGGCCCGGGAGGGCCGUGGGGCUCAGCUCUUCCUGCCUCACAGGCCUCCUGCCCCUUGGGCCUCGGUUUCUCUGACUUGCCUUGCAUGUUGCUGCUGCCCUCAGCGGAGGCUCCCAACAACUACGGUCAGCCUAGGGCGGCCACCUCUCACGCUGUAAGAUUAAAGAGCCCUGCGAAGCCUGACCUCCCA